CUAGCUUUUUGAUCAAGUUUGACUAAAUUUGUCUUAAAGUUACUUCAACUAAACAGUAAAUAAACAGUGACAGUAUAGCAUAGCACGGUUCUCAAUUUUGUGGAGCUUUGCCACUCUUUUGAUAAUAUCUGUAGUAAAGAUAUUUGCUUGCAUGUUUUUUUUUAAAUAAAAAAAUUAAUUAUAUAUACCAGUAUUAUAAAUACAUUUAACAUAGUGAUCGCUCUAUUUUUCACGGCGCACUAUUAUUUAUUUAUUAGUUUGAGAGCCUCUAUCGAAAUUCAGGAACAGACUACUCUAAAAUGUAUAAAUGAAAACAGACUUAGAAAACGGCCUGAACCUAAAAAAUUGACCUCCGGGUAAUUAUAAAAAAAAAAAAAACUAAAACCACACGCUCUCAUUGAUUCCUGAAUGAAAGUUAGCAAAGAAUAAUUGACAACAAAUUGAAUUGAGGUUUCAAGAAAAAUUCUACAAUCUCCUGCAGUGUAAAUGAGUGCGUCGAUUAUAACUGCGUAUCCUUUACUUUACUGUACUUUACAUUUUAAAACUUGUUAGUUUUAAUUUAAAUUUAUAUAAUUAAAGUAAGAUUUAAUUUUUUUUUUUAAUUUUAAACUAGGUUAUUAAACUUAUUAUUGAACUAAUUUAAUUUUAAAAGUUGUAUCAAAUCACUCCCUGACUCAAUAGUAGUUAGUAGUAGAGUGGUAAUGAGAGUAAUGCUAGUACUAUUUACUACUAACUACGUCACUUUGGAGAUGGCUUCAGUGGGUCAUGGAGCAUCAUCAUACCCCCAACCGUUGCAAAAAUGCCAGUACAUGGAUGCAGCAACGAAACAUUACCAGAACCCCCACCCCCACACGGGCCCACGCCUGGUCUCCCCACCACCAGACCGUGCUGAAGCAUGUCAGGAACCUCCUCGCUGGCCUGAGGGACGUCCGGUUGACUGAAAACGUUGCGUAUAAAGCGUUGGUGGUCCACUCUCCUUGGAUCUGAACGGCUUUACUUCCUCUUCGGAGGAAAGGUGUUUCGUUACCUCCCCCAACCAUCCAGAGAGUUGUCCGGUCGGGACGAAUGCUGGGACAAAUCGGCCGCCUAGGAGCAGCUUUCUCAGGGCCCAGUAGCUCAAAUCAUCGGCAAGGGUUUUGACUGCCACCCAAACCUCAUAUCCAUUAACGGCAAUAAGUAAUCAUGUUAUUACGCUCCUCCCAUUGCAUUGGGAGUCCUGCAGUGGCCGGGGUUUUUUAGCUUCGGGAGGUAACCUCCCUACUAGUCUGCCACGCCACGAAGAGGCAACACCCCAUGUGGACGCCCCCAAGUUUCCUCUGAGACGCUCCGCUUCAGCGGACAGAGUACUAUUUACUAACUAUGUCUAUCACUCACCACUCUAUGUUAGUUGACUUAAGUUAUGAGUAAUUAAUUACUAGUAAUCCUAAUAGCCUACUUCUGAUACCUAGUCUAGGCUAGGACUAAUAAGUCUUACUAAUCCUAGCCAGACCUACACCUAGAAACUUCUGGACCAGAAGAGGCAACACCCCAUGUGGACGCCCCCAAGUUUCCUCUGAGACGCUCCGCUUCAGCGGACAGAGUACUAUUUACUAACUAUGUCUAUCACUCACCACUCUAUGUUAGUUGACUUAAGUUAUGAGUAAUUAAUUACUAGUAAUCCUAAUAGCCUACUUCUGAUACCUAGUCUAGGCUAGGACUAAUAAGUCUUACUAAUCCUAGCCAGACCUACACCUAGAAACUUCUGGACCAGAGGCAGGUGACAGAGUUCGGGCCUCUUUCGACAUAUUUUGUGUUUAAAACAUGUGCAUAUAUUUUAAAAACUCGAAAAAGGGCGAGCUCCUGUCUAACUUGGGCCGCUUACAAGUGCCAUGGUUGUCCCCCCUAGAUGCGGGCCUGUCCUAGCAAGUAGUAGGCUACUAAAACUGUGUUACUUUAUUUUACUAAAUAAAUAUAUCUAUAGACCCUAUAUAUUAAAUUAUAUUAUACUAUUUAAAAUUUAUUAUUUAGAUUUAGUGUAGGCCUUAAAAUAUACUAUGACAAAUUAGCUUGGGCCUUUUGACUGUGACCAAUCACCAUGCCAUGUAGUUCAUGUAGAAUUACAAUGCUUAUUGCCAUUGGGUCAUCUUUUAACUUUGUGAAUGAUGAUUUCAGAUUAUAUUUAUAAUUUAAAGUUAAAGGGAAAACAAUUUAUGUAAAAGUUAAGUUUUUAUUUACAUCAUCUGCAAGAGCAUCUGCUCUUAUUGGUUAAUAUUAAGUUCAUUUCCUUAUUGCCUCUAACUUGAACUCUCUAAUACUUUUAAAUCCCAACAGUCACUGAUUAGGGAUCUAUGGACCUACACUGCCAUCAGUGAUUAGUUACUUUAAUCAUGCUCUCAAUCAAUCCCUGUGGCUCUACAGGCCAUCUAGGGCUUUGACCUGCCUCACCACAUCCUUCCACUCAGACCUAACUGAUGCUUUUCUUUUCCAUGCUUGGAUUCAAAGCUGAUGCAGAUAUUUUUCCACAGCAUCCAUCCAUCUAAGCCUAGGUCUGCCUUUGAGCUGUUUUCCUCUUUGGCUUUGGUGGUGCCCCCUCUUCACUCCUCUGUCAUUUGGCAUUCUUUCUAAGUAUAAGUGUCUCGCCCAGAGUAGCCUGCCCUUUUUUAUUUCUGGUACUAGCAUGGGAUCCUGAUAUAGUCUAUAUAAUUCCUGGUUGGUUCAAAUUCUCCAUCCAUAUUCAUCCUCUUUUAUCAGUCUAUUUUCUGGAGAACUUUUCUCUCCCAUGUUUUUAAUAGGUAUUCUGCCAUUUUUGUUAAGACUCCACUUGUGUAUGUUGCAACUGAUCUGAGUACAGUUUUAUAAAUAGUUUUCUUUUUUUUUUCUUUUAAUGUUUUUAAUUUAGUAUUUUAUGACUACUGAAGCAUGCCCUACGCCUGGUGGAUAUUCUUUAUUUUAUUUCUGUUAGUAGGCCUACUUCAUUUCUUUCUUUUAUGAAUCCUAGGUACUUGAAUUGAUUUACUUUUUCAAAAGUGAAGGUUUCUAAUUUUAAUGCUGUCAUCUGUCUGUUCUUCUCCUAACAUAGUCAUGUAUUUUGUUUUUUGGUUGUUAAUUUUCAGGUGUACUUGUAGUGAUGCGUCUUCUAAUUCAAUAAAAGCUUUUGAUAUGUCUUUACUAAUUUUCCCUAACAGUGUUAUGUUAUCAUAUGCAUAUGCAAGAUACUGAAGGGUUUGGUUGUAGAAAGUGCCUAUUGUUUGUGGGUCUUGGGUUUCAUUCAGAAAGUAUCAUGUUAUUGUUCCUCAGGUGUCAAUAUGCAUGCUUUUUUUUACUCACUCGAAUUUUAGUUUAAAUAGCAUACAAGACAAAGUCUCCUUGUCUUAGGCCUUGUCUAAUCUUAAAUUCCCUUGAAUAUUCUCCUUGAACCUUGACUUUGUUUUUUGAGUUGUUUCAAAUUACAUUACAUGUAUCAGUCUUGUCAGUUUGUUAGGUAUGCCAAACUCCUGCAGGGUCUCAUAUAGAUAUUUUCUGUUGAGGCUUUUAUAGUCCACAUAGAGUUGAUGUACUAGGAUAUUAUAUUUGUAACAUUUCUCUAAUAGGCAUCUGAUGGAGAAAAUCUGAUCAUUCUUUGAUCUGUUUUGUCUGAAUCCACAUUAGUAGUCACCUAGUAUUUGUUCAGUGUAUGGUUGUAGUCUUUUAGCAUUAGUUUUGUCUGUAUUUUGUAUGUUACAUUUAAUAAGGAAAUUCAUCUGUAGUUCUUCUUCUUCUUCUUAUAUUUGAGGUGCCCACGAUCAAUUUGUUGAUCAUUCUGGCUCCUGGUUUAAAUUCAGAGUUUUCCUUCUCUUAGAUGGGUUGCCGUCCAAGGCUAACGAGUCCCAUCAAACCGGGGUGCUUGGGAUGAUUUGCUUUUGGUGGGGAUUGAACUCCAGACCACCAGCUGUUUGGUUUGAGACCGUUUAGACCGCUCGGCCACCCAGCACCCUGAUAGUUUGUGCAUUGAAGUUUGGAACCUUUCUUGUUUAUUGGGGUUAUUAGUCAUGUUUUCCAUUUUUGAAAUUUUCUCUUCUUGCCAAAUUUUAGUUUAUGUGUCUGAGUGUGUAGCUCUCUUCCUCCAUAUUUAAUAAGUUCUGCUGAAACUCCAGGUGCUUUGUGACUUUUCACAGAAUUGAUUACUUCUGUAGUUUCUUCCAAAGUUGGGGAGUUUAUAAAGGGUCGGUCUGGUCCUUCAUUUGGUGGUUGAUAAUCUUCAUCUUGUCCAUUGCCUGCAUUUAGUAUUCCCUCAAAAUAUUUAGCCCACCUCUCCUGUUCUACUCACUAGCCAGCUCUCAAAGCUGUUAGUUUAAGUUCAAUAUCAAAUAAUAUUAUUUAUUGGCUUUAUGAAUGAUGAUGUCUUAAGAGGUGGAUUAUAGCAGGUCAAAUACUUUAAAUAGAGUCUAUUGCAAGUAUUUCACAGAAAAAUAAAUAACCUUUACGAUGUAUCAAGAAAUUUGGAAAUACCAUUCCCAACUGAUCGAGAAGCUGAAAUUGCACAUGGCUCUCUCAGUGUUGAUAAGGAGCCUAAACGUGGUGGUGUCAAGAAAACGAUGACAGUUCAUAAUAACAUAAUGCACAUGUGAGUUAAAAUCCUUGUUUCAUCACUUUUCUAUCAGUUUUAUUGCAAAUAAAUUAAGCUGUUUUAAAAUGGUUGCACUGGGCUUUGGUUUAAUAAGUUUAGGAGACAAAAACUGUGAUUGCAAACAUGUAAGGUGAAGCUUUAUUUAAGAUAAAACAAAGUAAAGCUGUCUUCAGCAGACAUAACUUAUACCUGUACAAAGAAAACUAAAGCCUGUGACAACUAAUUUCCAAUAGAAAUAAUUCUAAAGAAACUAGCUUAAGAAACACUAAUUAAUAAAAAUAAUGAUGGGGGAAAGUAAUGUGAAUAACAACACAUGGAAAUAAUUUUAGAGUUAUAUUAAAUUAUGAGUUAAAUUAAUGCCUUUAUGAUUAAUUUUUUUUAUAAUAGACCAUUCUUUUUUAAAUUGUUUUUUGACAAAUCAGACUGAAAUGUGAUAUUUUUUUUUUUACAUUCUUUACAUUAGUAAAUUUAACCAUUUUUGUCACCAUUGAAUUCUAUAAUUUUAGUUAUUUAUUUUAAUAUAAGUAGGUCAAAACCCUUGAUCUGAUAUUAUGUUAAUUUUCUUUUAUUUCUCUGAGCAUAAUGUGCUAUUUAAUUCCUUUAACUAUAAGAUGGUUUUAAACAGGGCCGGCGCUAGGGGAUUGGCGAAAUGAGCGGCAGGGCUCUGUGCAUUACCGUAGUAUAUUUUUAAUAUACCUAAGCCUACUAAUAGUUCCUAAUCCAAUUUUUGGAGUUAUUAGAUAGUCAAAUGGUCUGAAGGUCAGUCUGGCUCCCAUACUAUCCCUUCGAGAUGAAUCUCUGGAAGACCUCUGGGCGCAUAUCCUAUAGGCAGAUUAUAUAACGUCAACGACCCCGCAAAAUUCAAUUUGUCCAAGGCCCCGCACCCUCCUAGCGCCGGCCCUGGUUUUAAAAAAAUGUUAUAAUAGGUUUUUCAUAAGGUAGGGCUGUUUUGAUGACUGAAUUAAAUUUCUGAAUUUAUUAUUCUUUCAGACACUUUGCAGCUCCAGAGGCACGAUUGCUGCGAGUAAGCAUCAACUCUUUCUUUGAUCACCUGAAACUUGUUGUAGAAACCUUGGAGCGAUUUGGCCAACCAAGAUAGCAAAAUAAUUGUAUAUUGCAUCAGUUAUGUGUAAAUAUCCCAUUUGGCAAUUAAGGAAUUGUUUGGAUGUUUUCUGAAUAAUAGCACAAUAAAUUGAAAACACUGAGCUUUUCAUUGGGGUAUAGUUUAAUCCAUAAGAAUUUAUUACCCUUAUGAAUAGAAUUUAAAAAAAAAAUUAAAUUAACUGUAAACUUUCAUUAUCAGUAUGAAGAAAGUUUCAUUUUUCAAAUUGUUUAUAAAUUAUAUCAUUUUAUUAACUUAAGUAGUAUAUUUACCAUAAGAGCAAAUAGACAAGCUUGUUUGCUGUUUUCACUAAAAAUCUUAUUAAAUCCUAUUGAGAUUGUUAAAAGUGAAUGCCUGAGGCUAGAAUGCCAUUAACAUUAUAUGUCUUGUUAGAAUAGAUUUUUAUGAUGUUUUAUUUGCUGGAAACAGAACAUAUAAAAGAUUUUAAUGAAGUCACAGAGUGUCACCAAUUCAUGCAUAUAUAUUAAAUUAAUUUGGCAUUAAACUCAUUAAGUAGUCAUCUAUAAAUUGUCUCAAUACUCUUUGACUUGUUGAUUUUUUAAAUGAUUGUAUCUGCAUGAUGGCAGCAUAUUUUCACCUGCUAUGGUACUUAUCUCAUUGAUUUGGGCUCCUAACCUCAAUUGGAAGAUGCAAGUUAUUAUAGGAUUGGAAAAAAAAACAUUAUGCAAACCAUUAAAUAUAAGUUCUUUAUG